CGGAUUGCUGCCGGUCUUGUUUACUCGAUGAAAAUCGCAAAUUUGUUUAGAAAACAAUCCUUUACAACUUAUUUUAUCGAACAGAAUUAGUGGUACUUGAUACUUAUAGCUGGCCUAUUAAAUUUAUAAAAUACAUAGGUUUUAGUAUCGAUUUGGUACAUUUUGCCAGAUUGGUGCAAAAGGUCAAACCUAAACUAUGCGUCGCUACUGGUACCGUUUGCUUCGGCUACGGAACCUCAUAAUCCUCGUCUUAAUCUUGGUAGCGCUGUACACGUUGAGGUCAUGGACCGAGACUACCGAGAGCGAGCCGCCGGUGGUCAAUAUUGCGUUGAGCACCACCAACUUUCCUAUAUUUGUGCCUGAAAGCACAAAGAGAAUAGAUUGGCACAACUACAUUCAAAUAGAACAGGAUAAAGAGCGCACAGGUACUGGAGAGCAAGGCAUGGCGGCAUCUUUGCCGUCGUCAUACGCGUCUCUAGAGGAGAGACUUUACGCCGUCAACGGGUUUAACGGAGCUCUUAGUGACAAGAUUGCCCUUAACCGGUCGUUGAGGGACAUCAGACAUAAGCGGUGCAAGUACCGCUUCUAUAUAGAAUCCCUACCUACUGUGAGCGUGGUGGUGCCGUUUCACAACGAGCACUGGAGCACCCUACUCCGGACGGCGCAGAGCGUCGUGAACCGCUCGCCGCCGCAUUUACUAAGAGAAGUGUUGUUGGUGGACGAUGCUAGUACCAAGGAUUUUCUAAAAGACAAGCUAGACGCGUAUCUAGCCGCGAAUAUCCCUAAAGCGCGGGUCAUACGGCUGGAGAAGCGCAGCGGGCUCAUCACGGCGCGGCUCGCGGGCGCGCGGCAGGCCACGGCAGACGUGCUAGUGUUCUUGGAUUCUCACACGGAGGCUACUAUCAACUGGCUGCCACCGUUGCUAGAGCCGAUAGCACGAGACUACCGCACGGCAGUCUGCCCGUACAUCGACGUGAUAGACUUCGCCACGUUCGAGUACCGCGCGCAGGACGAGGGCGCGCGCGGCGCCUUCGACUGGGAGCUGUUCUACAAGCGCCUGCCGCCGCUGCCGCGAGACCAGGAACGCAUGCCCGAGCCCUUCCCGUCGCCGGUGAUGGCGGGCGGGCUGUUCGCGAUCUCCCGCGCGUGGUUCUGGCAGCUGGGCGGCUACGACCCCGGCCUCGACAUCUGGGGCGGCGAGCAGUACGAGCUCAGCUUCAAGAUCUGGCAGUGCGGCGGGCGCAUGCUGGACGCGCCGUGCUCGCGCGUGGGCCACGUGUACCGCAAGUUCGCGCCCUUCCCCAACCCCCACCACGGGGACUUCGUCGGCAAGAAUUACCGGCGAGUAGCGGAAGUGUGGAUGGACGAGUACGCGGAGUACCUGUACCAGCGGCGGCCGCACUACCGCCUCAUCGACCCCGGCGACCUCUCCGAGCAGAAGGCCAUCCGGCUGAAGCUCAACUGCAAGUCGUUCCGCUGGUUCAUGACGCAGGUGGCUUUUGAUCUCACUGCCAAGUACCCGCCUGUGGAGCCAAAAGCGUUCGCGGAAGGAAGGAUCCGUCCGAUGGCCGCGCCAGACUUGUGCGCGGACGCCUACCACGGCAGCAACAAGGGGACGGUUCUACUGAAGCCGUGCCAGAAAGAGCUCACCGAGCAAGUCUGGGAGUUCAGCUGGCACAAGGACAUCAAAGUGAAAACUAGGAGGAUAUGCUGGGACCUGCCGGAGGCUUUGCCCAAGAGUCCUGUGCGCCUCUACGACUGCCACCUCGGCGGCGGCAACCAGGAGUGGAGGUACGAACCGAAAACACACCAAAUUCACAAAUCACGUGAAAUAUGCCUGGACAGCUCGGCAGCUGACCAGAAGUUGUUCGUAUCUGGUUGCAAUAACAGCUCGGAGUCGCAGCGUUUCCUGAUCGACCACGUCGACCACGACGCUCUGUCGCGCUGGGACUCGCUCCACCUCACCGUCACGGGGCCCGAGGUGCCCGACUGGUACGUAGAUCAAAAAGGACAGGUAUGAGGGAAAUUGAAGGGUAACGAAACAAUGUAAACAAUAUGACUGCCACCCUGAGCGUAGAGAAAUAUAGUAAGAAUCAGGGCUCGAAACCGUUUUUUUAAUCCCAAUAUUUUUUAUUACUUUAUGCUCCUUUCGUAGGAUUGAAUCAUGUAUCCAGAUAACGACUUCGUAUUAUUAGAUUGACCCAUCAACAAUGAAAUAAUAAACCAAAGAACGAAAAAGAACUUAAUAAUACCGAUAUUUUUUGGAUGCAGAAAAAAACAGUUCCGAGCCUUGGAAGAAUAGAGUGAUCACAUCAGUUUUGGUACCAAAACAACUAUUAUUUUCGCAGUCGACAUCUAGCAUCGAGUAGCGAAAUUAUUAGUACCGCUACUUGAUACUCGAAUUCUCUAGUCUCGCGACUCACGAAAAUUGUAUUGAACAACAAUUUACAACUAAUAUUAAAAGCAGAAGACGUUGAAAAUAGAGUUCCAGUUAAUCCUGUUAUAAUGUUAGCUGAAAAUUGUUGAGUAUUAGACUUAGCGGUGCAGCAUCUAUUGUCAAGUAGCGGUACUGAUAAUUCCGAUACUUGAUGCUAGAUGUCGACUAUGAAAAUAAUAGUCUUUUUGGUACUAAAACUGAAGUAUGGAGCAGCAGUAUGUAUUUUUUUCUCUAUGCUAUGUGGGACGCACGGAACGCGCGCUCCGAGCUCAUUAGCUCUUGCCUCACCACACACAGAUCAGGUUGAGUCGCUCGACUCAUCUCGCUGGAGCGCAAAUUUAGUAGGAGUAGGGAAGGUAGGAAUCCUCAGGCUACCAAGCUAAUCGUCUAUGAAACUUAGUACUUAGUGCUUUACCUAUUUUGAGAUAGAUCUCAAAGCAAAAAGCCUAGUGAUUUACAGAAAAGUACUCCGCUGUAGGUAGGGCCUAAAGCUAGUAGAAUGCGUCCUGAAUAAUAUUAAAUAUUGCAUUUAAAUAACGGUAAAAUGAAAUUUGGUAAAGUACGGCUCUUCUCAGGUGAAUUUUUCGCUUCCAGCCUUAAUCUUUCAAACAAAGGCCAUUGUCUCUAUUAUCGAAAAGCCGCUAGCUACCGACUUACCACGUGCCAGUACAACAUUCAUAUUGAAAAACAACCGGUAUCGUCAUAGUAUUAAGGUUCAAAUUUAAUGUCACUGAUAUUCUAGAUAUUACGUUUUGGUAGUGCAGGACGAUAGACCGCCCGAAGCGACACAUACGGCAAACAUAUUAUUUUGAUACUUACGUGGUGAAAAAUGAAACACGGUUAUUUAUGACUUUCAUAUUAUUCCUACCUAAACUCCUACCUAAAGCUUAAAGUACCUACCUUUGUUUUUCGAUAUUAAUUUAUUAAUAAUAAGUAGGUAGUAAAUAAAUAAGAUUCUUUUUUAUUAAAUUUGUGUCUUCAUUUUGGAUUUUUAUUGUUACAACAUUCUUAUAAUACUCGAAUACUUACAUAAUUAUAAUUAAAAUAUUAAUAACAAGUCUAACCUAAUAGUGUAUUGCAUUUACAGCAUUUACAGUAAAUGAAUAACAUUUUAUUACAUUGAUCGAAAUAUUAAAUUGGGUUUAUUCUUUACAAUGAGUAGGUACUUAAUCUUAUCUUUUUAAUCGAUCUAAUACCUUUACACGAGCAAUUCUUGUUUAUUUAUACAGUGUGGAAAGAUAAGUCGGGCCCUGGAGGGAAACUACCUUAAAUCCUUAAGCUGGCUCAUUUUACUUAAAGGAGACAUUCCUUUAAUCAUCAUCAUCAUCUCAGCCAUAAGACGUCCACUGCUGAACAUAGGCCUCCCCCUUGGACCUCCAUCAGCAUGAUGGGGGGUGAUUGCCAUAAUCGCCACGCUUGGCAGGCGGGUUGGCGAUCGCAGUCGAGUACACUGAAUUUGAGGGACGCUGCUGCCCGUCCACCGGUGGUCUUGGACGUAGUUUAAGAACAUACCCGGGUCCACACAUUCCUUUCCUUUAUUUUCACAUUCCUUUAUUUUUUUAAAAGAAACAAAACUGCAUUCAAAGAUUUUCUAAAACUCGCUUGCCUCGCCCGGGACUCGAACCGACUAAAAAUUCCAAAAAAUAAAAACUCGUAAUUUUAUUGUACUAGUCGAUACAGUUAAUGUUAAUGAUAACAUUUCUCCAAGAAACAUUAAAGGUCUUACACUUGUCUGUCGUACAAGAUAUCCAUAAAAUCUAAUAUUUAGUACUCAAGAUUUCUUUAGACAAGCAAAAUUGAAGAAUAAAAGAAAAAAUCUUUGAUUACAGUUUUGUUUCUUUUUAAAAAUAAAGGAAUGCCUCCUUUAAGUAAAAUGAGCCAGCUUAAGGAUUUAAGGUAGUUUCCCUCCAGCUCCAGGGCCCGACUUAUCUUUCCACCCUGUAUAUACAUAUAUAUUUCGGGUCUCGGAAACGGCUCUGACAAUUUGGAUGAAAUUUGCUAUAUGGGCCAAUAUGGGGGUUUUCGGGGCUGAUAAAUCGAUCUACUUAGCUAGGUCUUAUCUCUGCGAAAACGUCUUUAUAUGUUUUCCGAGCAAAGCUCGGGUCUCCCAGAUACUGUUGUGUUGUAUGUUUAUGAUAUUUAGAAAUUAUAGUUUAUGUAAUUUUAAUGUUUUAAAGUAAUGUGUUGAUAGUGUAACCGUGUGUUGGUAGUCAUUUUUGUAGCCGGUUGUAUCCCUACGUCUUUGAGUUCCCGUUCGUAUUUAUUUAAAUUGUUUUGUGUUUGUGCUAUUUAACAAUUUGGAUAUUUUUUUGGUAACAUGAUAGUCAUGUUCAAAGGUUUACUUAAAGACCUGCCAUUUAGAUAUUGUUUACAGUCAAGCACAAGAGGAGAUGUAAUAACUAACUUUAUAAAGAUAUGUAAGUUUACAGUAUUUGUGUUUAGUCUAUAAUUUUACAACUAACUGGGGUUGAGAAAACUAAUACAGACAACACAGCCCAGCACUUAAAAAUAAAAAGAAUACUUUUUUUAAUGUAUUUUAACGGUAGUUGUACGGUAUACUUUUAUGAGGCUACGGAUUUAGUGCAAUAAUGUAUGUAAAUUUUUAUACGUAUAUUUGUUUAAUGAAAUGCUAUUGUGUUUAUAUUUUAUUGAAAUGUUGAACUGAGUAAGACUUCUAUCGAGUUAAAUUGUUGGACCUAGUAAAAUUUGAAUGUGUUUGGAAUUACUCAGCAAAGCAGAGCUAGAGUAGUUAGUAGUUAUUAUAGUAUAUUAUAUUAUGUCAAGAUACAUAUCUCUGUUUGUUUUGGUGAACGAAACUAAAAUAUACUUUUAGCGGCGUUAUUGACUAUUUUAUUUAAAGUCAAUUUUUAUUAUUAGACCUGAUAUUUUGAGAAUACGAUUUAAAAAUAAAUUAAAUUAACCAUACAAUUUCUUAUGUAAAAUUAAAGGGCCUGGACCUACCUGAAUGAGUAUAAGUAGUGUCAUAAUAAUAAAUAUAAAGUAACAGAAUAUUUAUUUAACAAAUAAUCGCAGUUGUAAACUUACUAGUUAUUUUGGCAAAAAAUUGUUGACUUACCUUAUAAGUCAUUAUUAUGUUUCUAUUAUUGGUAAAACGACAGCACUUGUUAAAGAUACCAUAUGAAAAGAAGUAUCUUUUAGCACUUUUACUUUACCAUUUUUGCCAAAUAUGUUUUACCUAUUUUCUUAGACAAGUCAUUUGAUAAUAAAUUAGCUAAGUAAAAUGUUAUUACAAAAAAAACUUACGUAUUAUUUUUGUGUAAGAAUAUUAGUAUAUAAACUAGAUUUAUCUAGGAGCUUUAGAUAUUGAGUAAUGCGAAAUCGAGCUUUUGUCAUACAGAAAAUAAAUGUUUAUAAUUAAGAUUACCUAUUGUAAUAGGUAAUCAUAAGAUACCAGUAAUUAAAAACGCGAUUAAUUAAAAAAACACGUUCCUAACGAAAAUAAAUUUUAAAUCUCCAUUAUAUCUCCCUUUAGAGCAUUUAAUAACUGGAGUCGCUUUUAAGAGCUUACCCCUCUGCCGAAAACCUUGCCCAAUUGUGCAAAAUUUUGUAUGGACUGACAUGGCUAUUUGCACGUUAUGUACGUAGAAAUCAUGUAGGAAUACUAGAAAUAGCAAACCAUUUGACGUCCCCUCUCCCGCAAAAACCAGAAGACAGUUUUGUACAGAAAAUGAUAGCCAUGACGUCUCCAGUUACUAAAUGCUACUCGUAUCUCCCAUAUAGAGACGAUAUUAAUUGAUAUAUUGAUAUGAUAUUGUGUAUGGCAAUAAGGUUUCUAUUCGUAUGUGACUCUGGCACGCAUAUCUGUUACAUAUCACUAGUUGUACGCAAUCACUUAGAAAUUGUAAUAAAUUAUUUUUAUUACUUGGA